AGAGUCUUCAGUUUUCCCAAGAUUUUCACGAAUUUUCAACCAUCUCGUUCUAUUUUAGGACGUAUGAGUGAUAAGAGAUUUCCAAUUAUCCGUUAAUUCUCAUUAGUAAUGAGUUUUGUCAUAGAAUAAAUCAUGUUAGUGUGAAGAUAGUUCUAUGAAUAGUGCGGAGGUUCGAGUACGGGGCUUUGUCGCUAGCGCUCAAUAAUAUGCUAUGGGAAUGCAAGAGUUGGAAGGGACGAUGGCUGUGUGUGCUGCUGAUGGUGAUAGUGCUACCGAUACUGGCUGCACAAAAGAUCGGUGACCCUUAUAAAAUUCUCGGCAUCCAUCGAAGGGCAAGUCUACCUGAAAUACGCAAAGCGUACAGGCAAUUAGCUAAAGAAUGGCAUCCUGAUAAAAAUGAAGAUCCAAAUGCUGAGUCUCGAUUCGUUGAGAUAAAGCAAGCAUAUGAGUUGCUUUCGGACACAGAGAGACGGCAGGCUUAUGACUUGUAUGGCAUAACAAAUGAAGACGAUCACAUGUACAAACAAAGGCAUGAUUAUAGCCAAUAUGCUAGAUUCAGCAACGACCCAUUUGACUACUUUGGUACACACUUCAGAACCCAAGACCAAGACAUUACUUUGUUCCACAAGUUGUCUAUUACAGCGAGACAUUUCGAAAACAAUAUCUUAGAGAAGAGUGUUCACACACCUGCACUAGUUUUAUUCUAUACUGACUGGUGCUUCGACUGUGUUCGAUCAGCUACUGCUUGGAGACGGCUUGUUGAAGCACUACAACCAUUAGGGGUGACGCUCGCAACUGUCCAUGCAGGACAUGAAGCUAACUUGGCAAGGCGGAUAGGUGUCCAUGGAGUUCCAUGUCUCACUUUGAUACUUGAUAAACAAGUGUACAUAUAUAAGGAAAGCUUGUCAUCUUUGCCUAAGAUAUUGGAUUUCAUUCGUUGGAAAUUCCCAUACAAACAAAUCAGUCACCUGACCGAUCGUAACGUGGAUGUGUUUGUGAGCGACUUCGAAGACAACAAGGUGAAGGCUCUGAUAUUCGAGGAGCGGCAAGUCAUUCGCCUUCGAUACUUGAUCACCGCUUUUCAUUACCGAGAUCGGGUUUCGUUCGCUUUCGUGGAUAUAUCAGCCCAGAACACCCAAAAAGUGACAGCCCGGUACAAGAUCCAGCGCAGCAUGGACACCAUGGUGCUGCUCAAGGAGGACAGCGUGGAGCCCGCCGCCACCGUCAGCACCACGGAGAUACCGUCGCAGACGCUGCGCCAGUUGAUAGAGGCCAACCAGAUGCUCACGCUGCCGAGGCUGUCGUCGCAGAGCGUGCUGGACAGCGUGUGCCCGGUGGAGUGGCGCGCGGCGCGGCGGCGGCUGUGCUGCGUGCUGGUGGCGCGCGAGCGCGCGCACGCGCAGUCGCUGGCGCAGCUGCGCGCGCUGGCCCGCCGCGCGCCCGAGCGCCUCAAGUACGCCUACGUGUACGCGCACGCGCAGCCCGACUUCGUCGACGCGCUCGCCAACGGCUCCGGUAUCGACAUAUCAACGCUCGAACAUCGUAUCGUGGUGAUCUGGCGUCGCGAGGCGACUCGCAUCCAGUACGAGUGGCUCAACGAGACUUGGCCCACGUGCAGCCAGUGCCGACCCGACGAGCUGGAGGAGGGAGCCGCCCGGGGGGAGGAGGCCGUGAGAUACCACGAGAGGUUGAACGAGACGAAGAGGGCACUGGAGCAGCUCGUGAAGAGAUUGCUCAAGCCCAACGAGGUAGUGGCUUAUGAAACUCGCGUUAAGGAACUGGUGGACGAGGCGGUGAAGGGCCCGCUGUGGCGCGCCGUGUGGCGGCUGUGCGAGUGGGCCGAGCGCGCGCUGUCGGCGCUGCGCACGCAGCACGCGCUGUCCGCGCUGUCCGUGCUGGCCACCGUGGCGCUCGUGCUGGCCGCCGGCUACUUCAUGGCCUACCUCAUACGAGUAGAAGAGGAAUCGGUCCAACGCCAGAAGGAGGAAAGACGUCGACAGAACGGCACGAAGCGAAACAACAAUGAGCAACAGGCGGAGAUGCGACUGCACGAGCUACGGGCUGAGAAGUAUAAUGGUCUCGUCAGGUUGCUUAAACCAGGUUGUCGAACUAUCGUCGUAUUGGUCGAUGGGCAGAGUCGAGUGCAGUUGUUGUCGAAAUUCCACAAGAUUGUAUGGCCCUAUCGAAAGAACAAGACGCUGCUGUUCGCGUACCUGUGCGUGGACCGGCACGUGGAGUGGUUCCGGCGCGUGCUGCAGCUGUCGCUGGGCGGCGGCGAGCUGCGCGUCAACGCGCGCAACUGCGUGGGCACCGUGCUGGCGCUCAACCCGCACCGGAAGUACUUCUGCAUCUACCACGCCAAGCACCCCGAGUGCGCCAAGCCGCACAAGCGCAUGAGCCGCAUGACGGUGUCGCUGGGCGGGCGCGCCGCGGACCCGGAGGCGGGCGCCUUCAUCGGCUUCACGACCGACCCGGACUCCUCCGACGACGACCGCUACGACCCGCCGCUGCUGCUGCAGGAGAACCUUUUGGAUGGACUCGGAAAUUGGCUGGAUCGACUGUUCGAAGGGAGCACCCACCGAUACUACGUCAACUACUGGCCGGAUAUGACGACCAAGUGAAUUUAUACAUAAAAACUCCUUGGUUAUCCCGAAGCCUUCUUAUGGGCUAUUUUUUUUUUUGUUUAAAUGAUGAGUUGGCUGUUUAUGUUUAAAGGAAACGGAGGUACCUUUUCAGCCUUUUUUUAUCUGUAAGCGAAAUAUACUGCCCAGGUAUAAUAAGAUUUUUUGGACCACUUAAGUGGUAGGUUGGUGUUUUGGCGUUCAUGGUAUAUUGAUGUUAAUAUUCUCGAUGAUGUAAUAUAAAGCUAAUCUUUUUGAGUGAACCAGCAAAAAUCGAUACUCUAUCCUAUUGAAACAGGAGUAAAGAUAAACAAUAAUUCAUAGACCAUAAACUCACAUUAUAGAAUAUUCAAGAUCACAAGUCUGUCUUGUUUAUUUGUCUUUAUUCCUAUUAUUGCAACAUUUUUUAUUGAUCCUGCAUGAAGAUCAAUGAAUACUAACUCCACUAUAUUUUUUAUUAUCUAUGUCUGUUACUGAAUAAUAAGCCUUAUUUAUUGUUUUUUUUUUUUUCGGUAUAAUCAAAUGUAUCUGUAGAAUUUGACUAUAGAAAUGUUGCCCGAGGAUUUUCUUUGUUGAAAGGACAUACAAUCUCAAAUGCUGGCAACAUUCUGUGGACUAAACUAAUUUGGUCAGUAGACUAUCUCUUUCUCAUGUAGGUAUCCCCUAAAAGCAAGUGAAUCUCGAAUUAAUUUGUUUUUAAUCACUACUUAUAUAUAUUUAACAUGAAUAUACAGUGAAUGUUUAUAGGAUAGGUUACGGUGCCUGUCUAUUUGAUAGUUAUUGAUAGUAUCACGUUAGAGGCACAGUCUGAUAGAGAUAUAUUAAAGUAAUAUUAUCACUGGAUCUGCGGUACAAACUGUUUAUGAUUUAUUUUACUUGUCUAAUAUGAUUCUUUAUUUUUUUAUUAUAUUUUCUCCGGUUUUUGCGAUGUUAAUAUAUUAAAUAAAAUUAUUGUAACUAAACUUAAAUUGCAUGUGAAGAUUUAUUGAAAAUAAUUUUAAAUGUCUAAAUAAUUGA